AUGUCGGACGUACCAAAGUACGAUAGGACUUCAGAUUCUCAGGAGCACAUCACAACUUACACAAUAGAGGGGGCCUUGACAUGGUAUUUGCUUCUGCUUGAACAUUCAGUUGAUGCUUUUGAAAUGCUCGCAGAUUCAUUCAUAAAGGCCCAUGCUGGGGCUAGAAAGGACCAAGCCCGGAAGGCGGACAUAUUUAGUAUAGCACAACAAGAGUCUAAAUUGCUGCGAGAGUUCAUUACUAGGUUCCAGAAAGAGAGGAUGCUGCUACCGGUCAUACCAGACAAGUGGGUAACGGAGAUAAGGAUAGAAGAUGAUCAUCUCGGGUUCCUGGCAUUAAUCAAAGGACGAGACCGAGACAAGAACUGGGAGAAGUUCAAGGAUGAUUUUGAUGUAGAUGGGCGAUCUUCUAAGAGCCGUUGUUUGCCUUACGAGAAAGCCGACAGGCGCGAAAAUAAAGGGUUUUUUUCGCCGGAUAGGUUUGCUCCCGAAAGAAGAACUGAUCGCGGUCGAAACAACAGAUCUUUGCAAGACAAAGAGGUAUCGGGUAUUCAGGAUUCCACUUAUCCCAGGUUGUCAAAUUAUAAUUUCAACAUCAGCAUAGUGGAGCUGGUAUCGACAAUAAGGAAUAUCAACGAGGCUCGAUUUCUGAAGCCAAUCAGAUUCGAUCCCAGUCAGAGAGAUCGUAAUUUAUGCUGUGAAUAUCAUGGGACUCACGGCCACAGAACUUGGGAUUGUCGGCACCUACGCGAGGAGGUGGCAACACUGUUGAAGAAUGGCCAUCUCAGGCAAUUCUUAUGCGACCGAGCUGAGAACAAUUAA